CUGGUAGUGGUGACAAAUACCCUGGCACUCAGUCCACAGCAAAUUGAUACUGAAUGGCGAAAGUUUAAGCGUGAAUUUGAGAGAAAUGAAUACACGGAGGGAUCAGAUGAAGAGGUGGUGAGACGACAGAUAUUUGAGUCCAAUUACCGGCUGAUAGUCCGCCAUAACAUGGAAGCAGACAAUGGGAUCCAUUCGUAUCGAUUGGGUGUCAAUCAGUUCGCAGACAUGACUGACGAGGAAUACCGCAAUAAAAUGGGUCUCGAUUUGAGUGGUCUAUCAGAACAUGAAAGUCGAUCAGAAAGUAGACACACAAUAGAUACCACUCUUUUGCCACAAAGUAUUGACUGGAGGGACAGACAUGUCGUCAGCCGUGUUAAGGACCAGAAAGAUUGCGAAUACUGCUAUAUAUUCACAUCUAUUGACACAAUUGAGAGUCAACUCGCUAUUAACACCAGUCAUUUGAUUGAACUAUCUGUACAAAACGUGGCUGACUGUGUAUACCCUGGUAAAUUUCAUUUUCUAAAUUGUUUUACCGGUGGAUAUAUGCACAAUGCAUACGAAGUGAUCAUACAAUACGGUGGCGUCGAGUCUGAGACCACUUCCCCCUAUUUGGCCAACGCUUAUAACUGCAGUUAUCGCCCGGAAUACAGGGCCGCCUCUAUUCAGGGGUACGUCAACAUCACAUCCGGCGACGAACUGGCCCUCCAGGAGGCCGUCGCCACUGUAGGCCCAGUAGCUAUCGGUAUAGACGCCUCUCAGACUGGGUUCAAGUUAUAUAAGUCGGGUGUAUAUACGGACACAAAGUGUAAGAAUGGGUUUAAGGACUUACACCACGCGGUGGUAGUCGUGGGCUAUGGGUCUGAGAGCGGUCACGACUACUGGCUAUUGAAGAACUCGUGGGGAACGACAUAUGGAGACCAGGGGUACAUUAAAAUUGCCAGAAAUAAUGUCAAUCAAUGCGGUGUAGCCACGUAUGCGCUCUACCCCACAGGAGUUACCAAA